AUGAGCAGUGACCCAGCCAGUGAAGAGAACGAACACGUCGAUGUGGAGAGCUGUAAGUCUCUUUAACAGUACUAUUUUACAACUUUAGCUGUACCAUAAUCUAUUUUAAAGCCAUCUAUCCAUGAAAUGGUAUUCUUUUGUAUUAUAAUAUAUACCGUUACAUUUUUAAUGAAAAUAUUGAUAUUACAUCAUACAAUCAAAAAUAUUGAUAUUGUGAUGACGAUUAAUGUUUACAGUAGAAGUCGAACAGUACGAUUGUAAAAUAUGUUCCGCUCAUGCCACGGGCUUUCACUUCGAUGCACAGUCUUGUAAGUUAUUCAAGGGUUUGGUGGGGCAGGGUAGGGUAGGGUAGGUAGGGUAGGUAGGGUAGGUAGGGUAGGUAGGGUAGGUAGGGUAGGUAGGGUAGGUAGGGUAGGGUAGGGUAGGGUAGGGUAGGGUAGGGUAGGGUAGGGUAGGGUAUGAUGGUUAAAUGACAAAAUUUUUAAAGUAUUGCUUUUUUUAGGUUCAGCGUGUGCUGCCUUUUUUCGUCGUGCAGUGUCAUUAGGGCGAGAAUAUACAUGUAUAAAUGGGCAGAACAACUGCACAAUACUUUACAGUAAGUUCUUUUUUAAAAUUUGUCUUGUUUUUUUACAAACAUUUUAUUAAAAAAGCAAAGUGACCUUGUUUAUAAUACCGAAAAAAGGUUUGCAUUACACCAUUGCUAAUUUUGGAAGUCGUAUUUUACUUAAAAGUUAAACUUUUUUUAAUUUUUUGCAUGAUCUUUACUUUUUUGCCAUUUUUUAUCUACUAUAACAUAAAAAUUUUAAUCAAAAAGGUAUUAUUUAAUUAAAAUUUUAACUUACGAGUACAUUUUAAACCAUAUUUUAAAUUUUUUUUAUCAAAAAGCUUUCUGAUGAGAGUGGGAUUCGAACCCACGCCUCCGAAGAGACUGGUGCCUUAAACCAGCGCCUUAGACCACUCGGCCAUCUCACCACGGGGUCGGGGCGCUUUGUUCUCUUAAUCAAUGGCCUUUAACAAUGUUUUUAGAUAACAAAAAUUGGUUUUAAAAACUUUUUUAUUUUUUUAUCGAAAUUUAAAUAAUACUUUUAAAUUUUUACUAAAAUUAAAAUUGAGAGUGGGAUUCUAAUUUUGUUUUUUCAGCUGAAAGAGCGUUGUGUCGGGCCUGUAGAAUGCAAAAGUGCAUUAAAGUCGGCAUGAAAAGAGAAAGUAGGUCAUAUUUUUUCAUUUUUAAGUAUUUUUUGAAAUUUUAUUUUAGUUUAUAAUGUUUUAGGUGUUCAAAUGCCAGCCAAAUCGAAAAUCCAAAAAACAAGGUCAUAUUACACUCAAUCUGGCCUUAGGAGGAACAAACGGUUUGGAAUUACUGAGGUAUGAUGAGUAGUUUUAAUUUUAGGUAACAAAUAAGUUGUUUUUUGAAAAAAUUGAUUAUGGUAACAAAAAAUAUUUUUAAAAAAAAUUAAAAUUUUGAAUUUAAAAAAAUUAAAAUUUUUGAAUUUUAAAAAAUUUUUAGUUAAAACUCAAAAACUUUUCAAUAUCAACCCCACUAAUUGACCUACCCCAAAUAAAAACGGAGGAACUACCUGAAGAAGACCUACCUUCAUGUUCGUCAUCUCAACAGAUGUCCCAACCCGUCACCUCUCCAGAAUCUUCAAUUUCAAGCCCUCGGGCGUGUGUAGACGAGAAUUUACUCAAAAUCUUCAUCGCUGAAGAGAUGAAGAUCAGCGAAAGAAGAAGGAUAAUGUUCUGUGAACGCCCGGUGGCUAGUUUAGUGGGACAGACCAAGGAGUGCGUACGUUUUUUGUUUUUUAAUGGCAAGAACUUUGUUUACAAAUGUUGGAGAGUUUGAAAAUAGCAGGGUAAUUUCAAAGAGAAGGUUAGGGUAGGGGAAAACUGCAGUCGCAAAACUAACAUAAGAUGGCUGCGUCCAACAAUGGGCGGAAUCCAUAAUGGGCGGAAUCAAUAAUGGGCGGCCCGUUUAUUAUAUAAAAAUACCCUACCUCUGACCUUUUUGGUCCUACCUGACCCCAGCCCUCACCUAUUUGGCCCCACCUGAGGGGUAGGGUCAGGUAGGGCCAAAAAGGUGAGGGGUAGGGUCAAGUAGGGCCAAAAAGGUGAGGGAUAGGGUCAGGUAGGGCCAAAAAGGUGAGGGGUAGGGUCAGAUAGGUCAAAAAAGCGGGCCGCCCAUUAUUGAUUCCGCCCUUCCGCCCAUUAUUGAUUCCGCCCAUUAUGGAUUCCGCCCAUUAUUGGAUGUUCCGACAUAAGAUUACAGCAAACUUAGGGUAAAAGGGAUAGAGUAGCCGGGUAUGACUAUUUGGGGCCGUAUAGGGUCUGUUAACGCCGCGUAUCGCCGGGUAAAAGCGAGUACGGCCGGAAAUGGCGAGAUAGGGCUGGUUAUUGGCCGCGUAAAGCUUGGUAUCGCCGCGUAGUGUAGGAUAGAAAAGGAUCGGAUCGGGUAGGGCAAGGUUGGACCAGGUAGGAUAGGGUAAAGCAGUAUAGGGCCGAGUAUGGCUGGGUGAUGACCGGGUAGUGCCAGGUAGGAUUAGAUAGGACUGUAUAGAACCGGGAAUGGUCAGUUAAGGCCGUAUAGGCCAGGUUAAAGUUGGGUAUCGCCGGGUACGGCGAAUUAGAGCAGAGCAUUGCCAUAUAGGGUCGGGUAUGGUCGGGUAGGGUAGGAUGGGUAUAGGCUACAGAAAACGUAAAGCUGACAUUUUUGGAAAUUGCUAGAACUUUCUUUACAAAACUCAAAAUGGCAAAAACUUUCGUUACAAACUCUGAAAUGGCAAGAACUUUCUUUACAAAGCGAAAAACAGCAAGAACUUUCUUUCCAAGCUUUAAAAUAUCUAUGUAGAACUAAAUUUUAGUGUUUCACAAUGUCGGAUAUACGUCCUUUAAAAUUUCGAAGUUUUCGAAAGUCGAUUCGAACCCAUCUCCUGCUAAUAUACGAAUGGCUUCGAGUAUGGCCAGCCUAUCACCAAUUCAACGAAACUGACAAGAUGACAUGUUUUCGAAAGUGUGCUUUAUAUCAUACUCUUUUGGAUCCAUGUUUCAUAUCGCUACAGCUAAAGGAUCGAAGUAAAUUUGUCAUGCAAAAUGGUGGCUAUGUCUCGACGAAUGAAAGUGAUGACGGAUGGGAAGAUGAGAAGGAAAUCAGUCGGGACAACAAAAAAUUGUACGGUUUUUUUAUUUAUAUAAAAUAAAAAUGGCAAGAACUUUCUUUACAAAACGGAAAAUGGCAAGAACUUUCUUAACAAUAUAGAAAAUGGAAAAAAACUUGCGUACGGUCGAAUUAUUCGCGCGUACAUAAGUUUGUUUAAUACAAGUUCUGAAAUGACAAAAACUUCCUUUACAAAAUAAAGAGUAAAUAAACCAAUUAGUAGUGAAACGUUAUUUCAAAAAGACAUUUUUUAAAAUAUUAAUUUUAAAAAUUUAAUUUUUAGAAUAUACUGGCCACUCUUAAACAGAAUCAAAUCAGAUAUUCUUGACCAAUUCUUCGUGCUGGAUCUAUCUUUUGACGAAUUUGUGGCGUUAAAAGCCAUUAUCACAAUGCAAAUGAGUAGGAUUUUCAAUUAAUUUUUUUUUCAAUUUUAUUUUUCAAUUUUUAAAUUAUAUUUUUUGAAGUUUAAAAAGAUUUUAACUAGAAAAAAUGUAUUGUCUUAUUACUAGUAUCAAUGAUAUUUUGUAAACCUUCUUUUAUAUUUAAAAACUUCAGGUUUAAAUAACGUAUAGUUUCAGCCAUUCCGGAUGUAUCAAAAGAAACAAAACUUAUAUUAAACAAUCAAGUAGAUAAUAUCAUACAAUGCCUUCAUCACAAUUACCCUGAUUCAUGUGGUCAACUACAUAAGGCGGAAAGAAUUGGCAACAUUUUUAUGUUGCUUUCACCAAUUUUUGUAGGUUUUUAGCUACAUUUCCUACCUCACUUUACCAUACCCUACUCUAUUUUACCCUAACCUACCUUAUUUUGCCCUAUCCUACAAUACCUUACCUUACCCUACCCCUAACCUACUCUGUCCUGCCCUAUCAUAGCCAUAUCUUACCGUUUCAUAGCCGUAUGCUACCCUAUCAUAGCCCUGUUCUACCAUAUCAUAGCGUUAUCUUACCGUAUUAUCGCCCCACCCUACCCUAUCAUAGCCCUAUUCUACCCUAUCAUAGAUCUAUUCUACCAAACCAUAAAUAAGUAUUCAUUCCAGGACACAGCGACAAACUUUGUAGAAAGCCACCACCAAGUUCAAUUCUUUGAUAUUUGGCAGCUUGAUUCUCUGAUGCUACAGUUUCUACAAAACAAGGCUUAA